AUGAUGCAGAAGAAGCUUACUUAGACGAAUAGACAAGCUAAAAUUUAAGAAUUCGUAUUCCUUUUUCAUAAACUAGACUCCAUCCUAAUUGAUUUAAAAACAAUUAUCAGGAUAGAUUUUUGAAGAUGCUCAUCCAAAAAUAAAAAUAAUUGAAUUUUAGAAUCUUGCUGACUUCUCUUCUCAACCAGUGAGUAGUGUACCAAUUGAUGAACCAUUGUUUGAUCCAAUUCCACCGAUUAUUUAAUUUACAGACUAUGAGGUACAAAUUCCUCUUUAAAAGCAAACAAGCCAUUGUAAAUAAAGGAGAAGAUUUUCAAAUUGCGUAACAAAGAUCGGGUGGCUAGAAGGGUUAAAAUAUAUAAACCUGAUUCUCGUUUAUUUUAAGUUGUGCCUUAAGGUACAAAUGGAAAAGAUGCAGGAACAGGAACUAAGGCAUAUAUUUUAUAAUUAUAUUCAAUUAGGUAGCUCCAGGUAUGGAAACUAAUUUCAUUAUUCGUUUUUCUCCUGAAUCAAAAUCAGAUUAUAAUUAUGAUGUUAUUGUUGAAACAGAAAGAGAGAAAUUUGUUGUUCCAAUUGUAGCAGUAGGUAAAAGAGCAAUGAUUGGUAAGACAUUAUUUAAAUUCUAUAGACUUUCCUGAUUCUCUUGAUUUUGGAAAUUGUCCUGUCAAAUAUACAACAGAAAAACCAGUUAUCAUUAGAAACUUAGGAGAAAAGACUACAAAAUGGUUUUUAAAACUUCCCUUAGGUUUUGAUGCUGAUAAAAGAGAAGGAGUUUUAGAAUAUGGUAAAAAUGAAUAAAUUGUUAUCAAGUAAUAAAGUUUAUUGUAUAAUAAAUAGAUUCUUUCCAACUGAGGCUAGAUCUUAUAAGAAUAAAGCUAUUUUAUAGUAUGAUAAUAUGGAAGCUUAUGUUCCAAUAAUUGGUGUAGCUCAUAAUGGAAAUGUUUAUUUAUCUAAGAGUUAGAUUAAUAUGACUGAGGCAUUUAUUGGUCUCUAAUUACAAUAAACAUUAUAAAUAAUAAAUAAGUCUAAUGUGAAAGUAGAUUUUGAAUGGAGAGCAUUUGCAACUGAAAAGGAAGAAUAAGAAAAGAAGAAUAGAUUAAGAAAUUAAUUAGAAGAGGAAGAAGCUGAAGAAAGGAUGUUAAUAAAAGAAUUAGUAUCAAAUGAAGGUGUACAUGAAGAAUUAGAAUUAGAAGAAGAUGAAGAUAGUGAAGAGGAAGAGAGAGAUGAAAAAGCGAUUAUUUUAAAGAGAUAGAAAAAAGCUGAAUUAUAAUUGGCAAGGAAAUAUAGAAAUAUUCGAAAAGCAAUUGAAGAUGAUUUACUACUAUUUAUUGAUGAUAUAUUUACAAUAGAACCAACUUAAGGAUAAAUUUGGCCAAAUUCAGAGAUGACAGUAACAGUAACAUUUGUUCCAAGAAGUGCAUUUCUGUAUUAAACAGUUGCAUAUUGUAAUAUAUCAUGUUCAGAAGAAAGAUUACCAUUAAAUUUAUAUGGAUAAGGUAUGGGUCCAAGAGCAUUUUUAAGUGUUUAUGAAGUUAAUUUAGGAGAUGUUUUUGUUAAUGAAAUUCAUAAGACUGAAGUAGUGAUUGAAAAUAGAGGAGAAAUAGAAUGUAAAUUUGAAUUAAUGCCUAAUGAAAGAGCAUUUGGUAAAAUGUUUAAAUUUGAUGUUGAAAGAGGAGUAUUAGCUGUUGGUUAAAGAAUGCCAUUUACAAUUACAUUUAAAUCUAGUAUACCAGGUGAAUUCAAAGAAACUUUUAGAUGGAAAUUGGAAGGAUCAACAGAUUAAUUAACAAUACUAUUUAUAGGACAUGUUAUAGCACCUACAUUUAAUUUUUAAGAUGAGAAAAUCUAAUUUGGUACUGUUAGUUAUUCAUUUGAGUAAACAAAGACUAUUAAAAUGACUAACACAUCUACUGUGGCAUUUACAUAUGAACUUAAAAUUCCUGGAGAUGGUAAAUUAGCGGAAAGAGAAUUUGAAAUUGAGCCAAGAAGAAAUACUAUUUAACCUAAAAAUUUUGAUGUAAUAAAAGUUACUUUUAUCCCAAAAUAAAUUAAAACUUAUGAAUAAGUUAUGGUUGUUGAUAUUGAAGGUGUUGGAUAAGAUAUGUUGUCUAUUCCAAUUACAGCUGAUUGUUAAGCACCAAGAGUAGAAUUAAGACCUAGUGAUAGAUUGGCUUUUAAUAAAGGAGAGGAUUAAAAAGUAUUUUUAAGAAAUCCUUGUAAAUCAAGAGUUGAUUUAAUUAAUACAUCUGAAUUACCUGCUAAAUUUGUAGUAUUACCUUAAAAUGAUGAAUAUAAAGUUUUAGCUGAUUAUACAGUAGAACCAUCAAGUGGUAAGAUUAAUGGUAAUUCUACUAUGUCUUUAGAGGUAACAUUGACAACUAAAAAAUUAUCUGAUAUUACUUUACCUUUAUAAAUUAACAUUGUAGGAACUAAUAAUGGAUAACCACAUGUAAUAACAAUAGUAGCAUUUUCAGAAGGACCUAAAGUAAAAACAUCUAAAACAGAGUUAGAUUUUGGAAAUGUUGAAGUUUUAAAGGAUUAUUCUCUCAAAUUAACUUUAACUAAUGAUAGUGAUAUUGAAGCUGAUUUCCAUGCAUUUACAAAAAAUAAAAUAUCUAUAUUUAAACCAAUCUAAAAACAUGGAAUUAUUAAACCAAAAGAAAGUUGUGAAAUUGAAGUUCUUUGUAGUGCUGAUGAUGCUGUUAAGGUUUCUGAUGUGCUUCAUUUUGUAAUCAAAGAAGGUGAGGAUGUUGAAGUUUAAUUAAAAGCUAAAGGCAUAGGUUCUACAAUAUUUUGUAAAGAUGAUUUAUCAUCUGUUAAUAUGGGAGUUAAUUAUACUCAUAGAAAAGUUACUAAAGAAAUCUUUGUAGAAAAUAAAGGAAGGAAAUAAUAAAAAUUAUAAUGGACUUAAAAAAAACCGUAAUAAAAGAAAGAAGAUUAAGAUUAAAAAAAUAAUAAUAAUAAUAAUAAUAAAGCACCUCCUCCACCAGAAGAAGAAUCAGUAUUCUCUAUUGCUCCUGAUACUAUUGUAUUACCACCUAAACAUGGUAUUAUGUUUUAAUUUAGAGGAUAUUCUCAAAAAAAGGGUAAGAUAUAAGAGAUAUUUAUGUUAAAUUCAACUAUUGGAACAGAAAGAAAGGCUAAUCUAUUAUUUGCUACUACAAUUGAAGGUGAUUUCAUUUAACCAACAUUACAAUUUUCAGAGAGAAAACUUUUCUUUAAAUAUUCUUGGGAAAAGGGUGUUCCGUUUAUGCCUAUAUCAAAAAAUCUAGAAAUCACUUGUGCUUGUCCUCUACCAGUUAAUUUUGAUUUAAAGUGUUAAUAACCUUUUACAGUCAAUUAGGAUAAAUUAUAAUUGAAUCCUGGAAAAAAUGCAGUUGUUAGAAUUGAUUUUGAUCCUGCUUUUAAAUCUGAUCGUAAAUCAGGAGAUUUAGAAGGAAAAUUAUAAUUAUCUCAUUAUGAACAUCCUCAUAAGGAUUUGAUUGAUUUAAUUGGUUAAGUACAUUUUCCAAAUUUAAUUAUGGAAACAAACUUAAUUAAUUUUGGUUCUAUUUUAUAUGAUACAACUAAAAAGAUGGUAAUGACGAUGAAAAAUUAAAGUGAGAUGGCAUUAAAUUAUGAAUGGACAUUUGUAAGUGAGGAAUUAUCAACAUAAGGAUAAUAACCAAAUAUACCAAUAAAUGAAAUAUUUGAUAUUUUACCAUUAAGUGGAUAUAUGGAACCUGGUUCAGAAGAAUAAGUUGAAUUUGUUUAUAAUGCAAUUGGAGGAUAGAGAUUUAAAACUACAGCAGUUUGUCAUGUAGAUGGUGGUCCUGAAUAUGAAGUUACUUUAGUUGGUGAUAGUAGUUUAUUAUCUUCUAAAAUGAGCACAACUUUAAUUGAAUUAGGUGAUGUGAGAUUUUGUGAGUGGGUUUCUAGAGAAUUUACAAUUGAAAAUACAGGAAAGGUUACAUUCGAAUUUAAAAUAGAUUUAAGACAUGUUAAAAAGAAAGGAUUUGUAGAUGUAUAACCAUAAAAUGGAAAAAUUGCAGGAGGAGAGAAACUUAGAAUCACAGUAAGAGUCUCUCCUGUUAUACCUGCUGAAUUCAAAGAAAUAAUAUUGGUGUAAAUAGGAUAUUAUGAACCAGAACCAAUUACUAUUAUAGGUAGAGGUGUCUAUCCUUCUAUGGUUGUCUAAUUACCUAGAGCAGAGAAUCCAUUAUUUUAAUAAAAAUUUGAUGUUGAAAUUACAAAGAAAAAAGCUGAUUUAGAAAAUUAAAUUAAGAGAGCUUAAUUAUUAGCUAAAACAUCUAAUUAAAAAGUUUAAGUUAAGACUUUAGAAUAAGUAUAAUUAGAGGUAGAAAGAGAUAUAGAUAGAUUUGUAUUUUGUGAAUAAAUUAAAAAAACUGUUUUAGAUAAAUAAGAUGAGAGAACACACUCAAGAGAUUAAAAAGAAAAGUUUUAUGAUAAUGUAAUUUUGGCUACUUAUAUUUGUGAUUUUGGAAAUGUGGUUUUAAAUUCUAUUCGAUAAAAAACAAUAACAAUCAAUAAUCCUGGAACACUCCCAGUUGAAUUUGUUUUAGAUGGUAAGUAUUUCAAACCUUAAGGUUACAAUAUUGUUCCAGAAAGAGUUUUGAAUUUACCUAGUGGUGCUAACAUCACUUUGAAUAUUUAAUAUUAAACAAAAAAGAAUAUGGGAUUUGGUCCUACAAAAACUGUUGUGCCUAUUGAAUUGAAGAAGGGACCAAAGUUUCAUCUAGAAUUAGUUGCCAAUAUCACUAUUCCAUAAAUUGUAAUUGAGAAUUCUGCUGAUGGUUAAAUCGAUUUUGGAAAAGUUCUUAUUGGAUAAAAGAAAAUCAUUUUCUUGAGAUUUGUAAAUGAUAAAGAAAUUGAUUGUGAAUGGUCAUAAUCUACUAGACAAGAAUUGACUGCUGAUAAAAAAGAAGAACCAAGAUUUGUUUUAGUUCCAAAUAGUGGUAUCAUUAAAUCAGGAGAUAAAUAAUUGGUUGAAGCACAUUUUACUCCAUUAAUUGAAAGAAAUUACUCCUAAAAGUUCACUUUAAAUAUUAAAGAAAAUGCUACACCCUAUAUUUUAAAUCUUAAAGGUACUGGUACAAGUAUUAAUUUAUAAUUCAAUCCUUCAUUGAUUAAUAUAGGACCAAUCUUACCAUAUGAUAAAUUUGCUCAUUCUAUAUUAGAAAUUAAAAACCCUACUGAAUUUGAUACUGAAUUAUUCUCAUUAGAUUUUGAUACCCAAUAUCUUUAAGAUGAUGAAAUUAUUAAUAGUUAUCCUUAAUUAGAACAUACAGAUUUUGUUUUAAUGCCUGUGAGAUAACCUGGUUAACCUAUAUGGGUAGAUUUCUAAAAAGCAUUUUCUAGAAGUAAAAGAAAAGAUUAAAUUUUGAAUAAGUUAUAAGAUCCCAAUGUUGAAAACAAAGAAUAAUUAUAAAAGGAAUUAGAUGAUAUCGUUGUACAAGAAACUAUGAUAAAAGUUGAAUAUCCAAAGAAAGUUAGUGAUGAUGUUUUGAAAAAUAUUGUUAUCAUGGGGCCUCCAAAGUGUGGUAAGACUCAUUUAGCUAAUUAUUUGGAAUAAACACAUAGAAGAAAAGUAAUUAAUUUGAAUGAGUUAGUUCAAUGGAAUUAAGAAAAUUAGACAUAAGCCUAUCAAUAAUUAGAGUAAUAUUUAUAAUAAAGAUAAAAUGAAAUUCAAUUUGUAUAAUAAGAGAGAGAAAAAUUAUUAAAGAAAGCAGGAAAGAAGUCUAAGGAUUUAGAAGAUAAAUGGGGACCUAUUCCUUUACAUUUGUAUGAAUAUUUAAGUGAAGAGAUCAUAGUAAAAUUGUUAAAAGCAAGAUUGGUUCAUGAAGAUUGUGGUGCUGGUGCAAUAUUUGAUAAUCUUUAAUCUAAAUAUUGGCCUAAUGAAUUAUAUUUGAUGAAAUGUAUAAUGGAAAUAGAUUCUCAUUUAUAAGUGGUUGUUUUAAAAGAAUAGUAUGAUCAAUAUGGUUAUGAGAUUUAGAAAUUAAUAGAAUGGCCAGGAAUGGAGAAAUUAGCAGAAGAUGAUAAACCAAAGAAAGAAGAAAUAGUUGAACCUAUUCCAACAUCAAAGGACAAAAAUAAUAAAUUAUAAACUAAAAGAGGAAAGGAUCAAUCUUAGAGUGUAAGUAAGAAACAAGAGAAACCUAAUGUUACAUAAUUAUAAUUAUAAUAAUAAUAAUAAUCAAGAUAGAAGUCAAGACCAAAAUCAUAACCUAAAUCAGCAGGAAAUUUAGUGGAAUAAAAUUAUUAUGAUGUAUUUUAUCCUGGUAGUUUUGAAGAUGAAAUACAAAGAUAGAAUUUUAAUGAAUUAAUAAUAAAAGUAAAAGCUUUAAUAGAAAAUACAUAUCAUGAGAAAAUAGAGAUAGCAAGUAAAAUUCAUGAUCCUGUAUUUGAUGAAGGAAAGAAAGAAGAGAAACCAUAGAAACCAGCAAAGAAAGGUGAUAAACCACCUGAACCAGAAGAACCAAAAGUAGAAAUUAUAGAUUAUACACAUUUAUAAAAAGGAGAAAGAUAAUUUAAUGAAGUUCCUUUUCAUUAUAAUUUACCAUAAUUAUGUCAAACAGGAUUAUAGAUAAUAGCAGCUCCAAUAUAUCCAAAUCCUAAUUCUCUACCAAUACCUGAUCCAAUUUAUCAUUAGAUUGUAAUGAAAAAGAAAGAUAAUCUUAAUUAAUCAAUUUAAACAGGUAGAAAAAAGACAGAUACAAAAGAGUCAUCUAUACAUUAAUCUAAUACAACACUUACAUAGACAUUAAAAUAUUUUAAUAUUCUCACACCUAAAGAUAUGUACGUGAAAGAUCCAAAGAUGUAAUCACAAUAAAAAACAGAAAAUGUCGAUGAGGAUAAAUAAAAUCUUCAAGAAGAACCAAAUAAACAUUUAGAAGAGAUCAAUUCACCAGGUAGGGAAUAGCCAUAGCAUCCUGAUCAACUCAAUAAACCUAUUACACCAUCUGUUAAAGCAAGAGCUAAUGUUACUUCUAGAUCAAUUGCAAAUGUAAGUAAAAGAUCACAAUAGUAAAAGAACGCAGAAUCAACUUAAAAUAACGAUUAGAAGUAUAAUUUUAAACUUGAAGAUUUAAUUUAAAAAUAAUACCGAUGGACAAUACCUGCUGGAAGAACUUUAAUUUUAGUCAUAUAAUUCUUUACUAAGCAUACUGGUGGAUUUGAAGGGCGAUUAAAUUUUGAUAAUUUCUUUUCUAUUAAAAAGUCUGCUGCUGAAGUAAAAGGAAUUGCUGAUUAUCCAUCUUUAAGUACAUUACCAAAAUAACUCUUUUGGACUGUAAAGAAAUCUAGGCCUAUUAAUGCACCUGAUUCAUACUUAAAUAAAGUUUAUGUAUAAAAUGAAUAAUCCUUUGAUUUUGGACCUUUGUUGAUUGGUAAAUCUGAUAAGGUAGCAAAUCGUGCAAUAAAUAGUACAACGUUUAGAUUAUCAAAUUCUGGUAAAUUUGAUACAGAAUUACAAUUUUCUCUCUUGUCAAGUAUUCAAGAGAAUAAAGAAAUAUAAAAAGGAGUAUUUUCAUUAGAUUUGGAUAUUUCAAAAAUCUAAUUGAAUAGUGUUCCAUUAGAAUUGAGAGUUUGGGCAUUUCCAGAUAAACCUUAAAAAUUUAAGGAUGAUUUGAUUGUUUAAAUAAAAGAUAAUCCUUUACCUCUCAUUAUUCCUAUGGUAUGUACUGGUUGUAGACCAACUAUUGAUUUAAUUAAUCCUGAUGUCAAAUUUGAACGAUUGUUAAUUUCUUAAUCUGAUGCUAGAACUGUCACUAUAAAAAAUACAGGAAUGAUAAAUGCAAAAUGGAAAUUAACAGGAAUAGAAUAAUUAGAGGAGGAAUUUUAAGUUAUAAAUACUUCAGGUGAAUUAGCACCUACAAUGGAAGCUAAAAUUGAAAUUCGAUUUAGGGCUAUCAAGGAAAGAAAAUUAAAUCUAAAAAUAACACUUGAAGUUGAGGAUGUUGAAAAUAUGAAUAUAAAAUAAGAUCCUAAAAUUAUAAAUGUAGAUGCUGAGGCAUUUUAAAUUUAAGUUGAUAUUAAAUAUCCAACACCAGAAAAUAUUUUAGAUUUUGGUAGUGUCAAAGUGGGUGAUUUUAAAGAUCAAAUUUUAUAAGUGAAAAAUAUUGGUUAAUAUUUAGUUAAAAUUAAAUGUCUAAUCAAAAAGAAACUUUUCACUUAAUUAUUUUAAUUAGAACCUAUGGAAACAGAUUUAAAUCCUGGAUAAUAAAAAGAUAUUUUAAUAAGAUUUUGUGGUGUAAAGGAAAUAAAGAUGAAAACAACAAAUGAUACAACUGAUUUAUAUUUAGAAAUUUUGGAAGGUAAAACGUAAGAAAUUUAUAAACCAGUUCCUAUUAAUGUAUAAUUUAAUAGUGUUUAUUCAAAAUAUUCAAUAAAUCCAUUAAAAAAUAUAAAUUUUGGUCCAAUAUAAUUUAAUGAAUCAAAAGUAAGACAUUUAGAAAUAAAAAAUGAAGGAUAAUUUGAAUUCAAUUUUACUAUAUUUGACUAUGCAAAUGAAGAAUUUAGAAAGUAAUUACUUGAACAAUAGAAUAAGGAAGCUUAGGAAAAGAAAGAAUUAAUGAAAGCAAUGCCUUCUUCAUUGGCACCAGUAGAUCCGAAGAAAGGACCAAAGAAAGAUGAUAAGAAAUAGGAAAAGAAAUAAGGGAAACCAGGAAAGAAUGAUCCACCUCCUGGAUAAUUGAAAAUAGGUUAAUGGACAAUUUUACCAAGUGUUGGUACAAUAGCACCAGAUUCAUCUUGUACAGUAGAAAUCACAUUUGCAGGAUAGGGUUAGAAAAACUAUGAAUAAAAGUUAGCGAUUGAUAUUAUUAAUCGUAAUCCAGAAGAUUAACCAAAUGGAAUUGAAUAUGAAGUUUUAAGUGAAAGUUGUAUACCAGGAAUUAGUACAAUAACUUAUGAAUCUAUUUUUGAAGAGCAAGUAGUGUUGUAAUCAUAAUUAAAUAAUCUAUCUAAUUUAAUUAAUUCUAAUGUAUUCUUUAUAGAAGAGAAAGUAUUCAGUUUUGGAACAUUGGUUCCAUCUAAAGUUCCUGAUGGAGUGGUUGAAAGAUUUAAACUUACAAAUCCUAAUAAAAUUCCAUGUAGUGUUAAAUUAGAUACAAGAAGAAGAUAAAAUUAUCCAAAUGAUAACUUUGCAUUUGAAGUCUUACCAAAAUAAGUUAAAAUAGCACCUCAUGAAAGUGUCUAUAUUAAAGUAGCUUUCAAACCAACAAUAAUGGCUCAAUAUUAUGGUAUUUUUGAAGCCAUUGUUGAGAAUGGUGAACAAAGCCCUAAAACUCAUAAAUUAUUAUUUGAUUUAAGAGGAGAAGGUGCUUUACCAACAUUAAAAUUAGAGAAACCAAAAGAAUGGUUAGAUGAAAGAACACCUGUUGUUAAAUUUGGCAGAGUUAGAUUAGGCAAAACUUUAUCAAUGCCAAUUGUAUUAAAGAAUGAUGGUUAGAUUCCAGCUACAGUUAAAUGGGAUUUGGCAGCUGUUAAUGAACAUUUUAGAUUUUUAGAUUAAAACACUUUUACUUUAACACCUAAGACUACGGCUACAUUUAAUAUUGAAUUCACUCCAAAAGAUGUUGGACUUAAGUAACAUUAUUUUGUAAUGUAAACCUUAUUGAAUCCAUAUGAAGUUACUAAAGUAGCAGUAACAGGUGAAGCAUUUUAAGAAGAUAUUGUAUUUGAAAAUUUAGAUGAUGAAGUUCAAUUUGGAGAUUGUAUUAUCAAUGCAGAAAAGAAAAUACAGUUUUAUUUGAAAAAUAAUGGACCCAACACAAUUAGAUUUUAAUGGAACACGUAAGGAUGUGAAGAUUUUUCUUUUAUUCCAAGAUAGGGUCAUUUGAAUACUAAGGAAUCUAAACCUAUUACAUUAAUAUUCAAAUCUAAUAGAAGUAUCAUCCAUAAAUCAUUUGCCUUGUAAUGUGACACUAAAUAAAUUAAUAAGAAAACUUAAUCAGAAUGGGAUGAUAGUAUGGCAACAACUAAAUAUGUCACACUAACAGAAUAUAAUUGGUUGAUGAAAAGAAGAGAAGAAGAGGAGGCUCGUAGAUUAGCAGAAGAGGCUGCUAAUAAGAAGGGAGCUAAGAAGGUUGAUAAGAAAGCAGCUAAAUAAGAAAUAAUAUAACCACCUUAGCCUGAACCUGGAGAGGAAGCUAAUAUUCCAAUAUCAGAUCCAUUACCAGAACCAGAAUAUCAAGCGAUAGAUAAGAGUGAUAAAAGUAUGCCAUUGAAAGUGAAUGCAAUUGCUGAUUUCGCUAAAUAUGAAAUAGAUUAAAGAAGUAUUUACUUUAAGGAGACAUUGAUGUAUACAACAAGGGUCCAUUAAUUAAAAUUAAAGAACACUUCUUUAAUAUCAAUAAAUUAUAAUUGUAAAAUAGUUUCAGCAGAGACUGGUGCUAUAGAUCCUGGAUAUUUCUAUGUUUAUCCAAAAUAAGGAAAGAUAGCUAGUAAUAGUGAUGAGAUGUUUACUGUUAAAUUUAGUCCAACUGAAGUAGAUGAAUCGAAUGAGAGAUUGUUAGUAAUAUCUAUAGAUAAUUUGGAUCCAAAUUAAGAGAAAUUGAUAGUUGAAUUAGAUGGAUAGGCAGAAAGACCAAUUUGUCAUUUUGAAUUACCUCCUAGCAAUUAUAGAGACAAGAAACCAGAUUUAGAAGCUAAAUAUAAUGUGAUUGAAUUUGAGAGUUUGGGAUGUAAAGUUAAAAAUACUAAGCGAUUUUAUGUUGUGAAUCCAACAUCUGUUGGAUAUGAAUAUGAAUGGAAAAGAAUUGAUGAUGAGAAGAAUUAAAAUGCUAAUUAUUUUAAAUGUAUAACUAUAAAAGGUGUAGUGUUGUCAGGUAAGAAAUCUGAAAUAAUUUUUGAAUAUUCUCCUGACACACAAGGAUAACAUGAAAGUUAUUGGGUAUUUGAGAUUCCAUAAGAACAUAUAGUUUAAUAUUUUCUCAUAACUGGAAGUGUUGUUGAACCAAAUGUAAUAUUUAAUGUUGGUAAAGUUAAUUUUGGACCUUUAUUGGUUUAAGGAAAGAAUAAGGAAACAGUGAUUCUAAAGAAUCUUGAGGAUGUUCCUUUAUCAUUUUAAUUUGAUAAAGAAUCUUUCCAUAAUCCAGAUUAUGGUGAUUCACUUACAAUAACUCCAGUUUAAGGAACUAUUAAAGCUCUUGGAGAUUAACCAAUUGAGAUUUGUUUUGCACCUAAAGUAGAGAGAGAAUAUAAUUAUAAUCUCUUAUGUAAUGUGAAGAGAAGAUAGAGACCAGUUACUUUGAAUGUCAAGGGUAUUGGUUACAUUUUGCAUAAUAAUGUAUAUUUGAAUGGAGUUGCAGUUACUCAAUAAAGUACAGUUGUUGAAUUAGGAGAUUUGUACAUAAAUGAGAAAUCUAGUAAAUAGAUUACUGUAGAGAAUUAGGGAGAUUUUAAUUUUGAUUUUAGUGUUAGGAAAUCAGUUUAACUUUCAAAUAUUGUUGUUAUAAAUCCUGAGAAUGGGACAGUAAAGAAGAAUGAGAAAUUUAAUAUUGAAAUUAGAUAUUAACCAACAGCACCUUAAAAAUUAAAUCAAUAAUUUUCUUUAUGUAUUUCAAGUGGGCCUACUUACAAUUUCUAAUUGAUUGGAUCUGCUAAGAAACCAGCAGUAGAAUUCUCAUUUUUGUAAUAUGAUUUUGGACCAUGUUUUGUAUUGAGAUAACCAUUACCCAUAACGAAGCAUUUAGAAUUAAGGAAUAGAGAUGUUUAAGCAAUGGCAAUAGAAGCAUUAUAUGAAAAGAAACCAUAUUUUGGAGUAUAAUUACCAUCAGGUUAAGUUCUAUUACCUAUUCAAAUAGAGACACAUAAAGAUAAGAAGGGAAUCAUUCAAACUAAAGAAUUGAAUGUAUUAUAAAUUCCAAUUACUUUUACACCAAGAGAAUUGAUAAGAUAUGAUGAAAGUGUUAUAUUUGAUAUCAAUGGAUUAUAAAAAGUUGAAGUUAGAUUUACAGGAGAAGGAGUUCCUUUAAAACUUGAUUUAUUAAAAACAGAGUAUCAAUUUGUAGAUUUUGGUAUAUAUGGUGUUGGACAGGUAGGAUCUGAAGUAAUAUCAUUAGUUAAUAAUUCAUAAAAGAUGGUUACUUUGAUAUUUGAAUAAGAUUUAUUAAAAGAAUUGAAAUAAAAGUAUUACAUUAAGGUUAGACCAAAGAAAGAAUUUGUAAUUAAUCCAAGAGAAAGAAAAGAGAUCACUCUCACCUUUAAACCAUAAUAAAGAUUACAUUCUUUUAAAACAGAUCUUUUCUUUAAGAUAGUUGAAAAUAAUGAAGUAAGAAAACUGCUAACGAUCUCAGGAGCUUGUCAUGGAAUAGAAUUAAAAUUAAUGGAAGAUACCAUAGGAUUUGGUGGAGUAGUCAUUAAUUCAAGACUUACAAAGAAUGUUUAAUUGAGUAAUUUAGGAGAUGUUGCAGCUAAGUUCUAAUGGGAUACAUCAUUUUGUAAAAAUUAUUUUACUAUUACUCCUCUAUAAGGAACUUUACCUGCUCAUGAAGAUUUACAAUUUUAAAUAACAUUCCAUCCAAAUGCUAUUGAUAAUGAUAUCAGAUUUGAUAAAGUGAAAUGUUUAAUUUAAAAUUCAGAUCCACUUUACUUAAAUCUUUUAGGAAAAUGUAUUGAAUAACCAAAAGAAUAAAUUUAAGAAGUUAAAUUCGAAACUGUCGUUAGAGUACCUACUUCUAAAAAAGUAAUGGUUAAGAAUCCCACUCCAAAACCUUGGAAAGUUAAGGCAUCUGUAUCUGCUCUAUUACCUUAAUUUAAAGAUUAUUUUGAAGGCAAAGAAUAUGUUGAAGUUCCAGCUAAUGGAUAAGCAGAGUAUGAAGUUAUUUAUAAACCUUUGACUAUGACAUCAAAUCCAUAAAUUUAAAAUUUAUAGGAUCAACAUGAAGGAUCACUCUUCUUCCCACUUCCUGAUGGAUAAGCACUUCUUUAUAAUCUAUUUGGUAAGAGUUUACCACCUCUACCAUAAACUGUUGAUACAACCAUGAAAGCUAAAAAAAAUACUACCCAAGUCUUAUAAGUGAAAAAUUGGUUAAAAACUAGUCAAAGAUUUGAAGUAACUUGGACUUUAGAUCCUGAUGAUCCUUCUAUUAUUCUUAAUGGAGCUAAUACUUUUGAAGUAUCUAGUGAAGGAACAAAAGAAUAUAAACUCACCGUCUAUGGACUCAAAUAAGCAUAAAAUAAAGUAACGGUUUACUUUAGAAAUGCUAUUACAUAAGAAUUUGUAUUCUUUAAAAUAGUAUAAAUUAUUAUUUUAUUCUUAGAAUUUAAAUAUUCAACCACCAGAUCAAUUACCUAAAAUUGAAUUGUUUUCUAUUGUUAGAGAAGUUGCUACUAAAUUAAUUACAAUAGAAAAUCCCAUUAAUUAACCUGUUGAAUUCAAAAAAGAUUAAUUAAUUGCUGAAGUUGAUAGUGUCUCAUUUAAUCCAUAAUAAUUUGUGAUUCCACCUAAAUCUGAAUUUGGUCUUGAAAUUGCAUAUAGACCUUUAAUUGUUCAAGAUAUUCAAUCUAAAAUUACUAUAAAAUCUGUUCAAUUAGGAGAAUUUAUUUAUCCUCUCAAAUUAUAGGGAUUAUAAUAAAAUGUGUCAAGAUCACUCUAUUUCAAAGCUUCUUUAGGAACUGAAAUGGUUUUACCAUUUAAAUUUAUGAAUUAUACAAAGAAACCAACUACAUAUACAUGUUAUGCAACUAAACUGGGUCCAAAUGGAAAACCACUACCUGUGAAUAUAGAUCCAAAAGCUAAAGGAGCACCUGCUUAAACUACUGAUUUCAUUUGUGAAUAAGUCUAAUUCUAAGCACCUUAAUCAGAAUCAUUUGAUGGUGUUGAGUGUUAAAUUAGUGUAAAAUAUGAACCAAGUAGUUUAAAUGAAAGCAGAGGUAUUUUAGUUGUCACAUCACCUGAUGGAGGAGGUAAUUAAUUAUAAAUUAUAUAAUUAUAGAAUAUUAAUGUCUAUUAAUUGGAUAAGGUAUUACACCAUAACCUAAAGGUCCAUACAAACUAUCUGGAGCUAAACCUCCAGCUAUUGAAUUUAAAAAUCCAUUUUUUGAAGCUUAAGAGUUUACUUUGAGAAUUGAUAAUCCUGCCUUUACUUCAUCUGUCAAAUCCCCAAUCAAAGUCGAUGUAAAAAUAAAUCAUAUUUACAUUUUAGGGUAAAAAAGUAUUAAGCAUUAACAUCACCUAUAAAGCAGUUCCAAACACAAGCAAUAAUGGCAGAUUAAUAAUUUCCUGUGGCGAUUUACCAUAAUGGGUAUUUUAUCUUUAAGGAGAAUGA